GAUGAAGCACUUGUCCAAUAAGUUACAUAGUCGAUUUGACUCGAUUUUAAUCAAAUGUCAGGAAGUUGUUGCAGUGUGAAUACCUCUCUAUAUUAUAGUGUAAUGGCGGCCCUAGUCAUCAUUGCUAUCGUUUCAUGUGUGUGAAUGAUUAAAUUAUUAAGUUUAUUAUAAAAAAUAUGUGUUUUUAAGGGUCGUGAAUUAUUGAAAUGUGAUAUAAGCUCGUCUAUUGUUAUUUUGUUAACCUAACAAUUAAAUCAUUUUGUAGAACGGGCAUAAAAAGAAGAAAUGUCGAGUGACGAGGAUAAACCACCUGCGCCGCCGGUCCGCCUCACAAGCAACCGCGUCACGGACCGCGGUGACUCGGUAGCCUCAGUGGAUAUGAGGCCCCUUCCUAAAGAACCUGAUGAUGGUAGUGAUAGAAAAAAGAAAACAUUAAAAGCCAAAAUUAAGGGAUCUAAAAGUACUGCACACAAUGACAACAAACCUAAUAUUAGCUACCCUACAAAUUUUGAACAUACAGUUCAUGUUGGAUUUGAUGCAGUUACAGGAGAAUUUACUGGCAUGCCAGAAGCUUGGGCCCGGUUGCUUAUGGCCGCGAACAUCAGCAAACAAGAACAGAAGAACAACCCUCAGGCUGUGUUAGAUGUGCUUAAAUGGUACGACGCGUCGGCCACACAGCCACCGCCUUCCAAAUACAUGACGUCAGCACAGAUGCACACAACACAUUCUGGAUCUUCGGUAUCCCGAGUGUCGUCUAGCAGCCCGUCGUCGUCGACGCCUACUGACACAGAACACCCGGAGCCGCCACCGCCGCCGCCCUCCCGACCCGACCGCACCAAGAGCAUUUAUACGAAACCUAUCGAAGAAGAGGAGGCUCCCCCGCCGCGGCCCGCACCCGCUCCAGCGUCACCCCCGCACGUCCCACACCCUGCGCUCACCACUCACUCGAUCUGCAGUCGAGCGGAGGUGGGCAGCGGCGCGGCGCUGGACCGCAACAAGAACCCGGCGAGCGCGUCGCCCGCGCCGCACGCGCCGCUCGCGCCGCACACGCCGCCGCCGCACGCGCCGCCGCCCGCCAACGGCGCCGCCAACACCACCGACACGCCACGAGCGACUGGCCAGCAACAAAGAAAAAAGAAAAUGACAGAUGAAGAAAUAUUAGAAAAAUUAAGAACAAUUGUUAGUGUUGGUGAUCCCAAUAGAAAAUAUACCAAAAUGGAAAAAAUUGGUCAAGGCGCUUCAGGGACAGUUUAUACUGCUAUUGAAACCUCAACGGGAAUGGAAGUUGCGAUCAAACAAAUGAACUUAAGCCAACAACCUAAGAAAGAACUGAUUAUCAAUGAAAUCCUCGUGAUGCGGGAGAACAAGCAUAACAAUGUUGUCAACUAUCUUGACAGUUAUCUAGUUAAUGAGGAAUUAUGGGUAGUUAUGGAAUACUUAGCGGGCGGUUCCCUAACUGACGUAGUAACGGAGACGUGUAUGGACGAGGGGCAGAUCGCGGCGGUGUGUCGUGAGGUCCUGCAGGCUCUGCACUUCCUGCACACUAACCACGUCAUACAUCGAGACAUCAAGUCUGAUAACAUACUACUUGGCCUAGAUGGACAAGUCAAAUUAACUGACUUUGGUUUCUGUGCUCAAAUAUCGCCGGAACAAAAUAAACGAACCACUAUGGUUGGUACGCCGUACUGGAUGGCGCCGGAGGUGGUCACGCGGAAGCAGUACGGCCCUAAGGUCGAUGUAUGGUCGUUGGGUAUUAUGGCGAUUGAAAUGAUAGAAGGCGAGCCGCCGUACCUGAACGAGAACCCGCUCCGUGCACUCUACCUAAUAGCUACAAACGGCAAGCCCGACAUCAAGGACAAGGAGAAGCUCAGCACCGUCUUCCAAGACUUCCUUGAUCAGUGCCUCGAGGUCGACGUGGAAAGGCGCGCGACCGCCUUAGAUUUAUUAAAGCACCCCUUCCUGAAGAUGGCGCGGCCGCUUGCGUCGCUGACGCCUCUGAUCAUGGCGGCGAAGGAAGCGGCCAAGGGCCAUUAGCGGCGGCCGGCGGCGCCCCGCUAGCGCCGGCCGCGCCAAGUGCCUACCGUGUGGACUACAAGGACGGAUACCUAAUUAGAGAGCAAUACCUAUUUUAAAUGUAAAACUGCUGCCGAGUGAAUAUAAUAGAGGUAAUAUUUUUACAAGAGAACAGAUCGAUAGUAAAGUGCAGUCCACUAACUUUAAAUCGUCGUAGUGUUGUGUAGUAGCGAUAUUUGUUCUUUUAGCGAGGUGAUCUCUUAUUGACGUGUUUCUUUUAACUGUCGUACGGUAAGAUUCGAAUAGUGUAGAUAGAAAUUAGAAGUUUAGGUACGAUUUUUUCAAAUAUUACGAAAUAUUAUAGCUGCAAACGAAGACUGGCAGAUGUUUAGGCGACCUUGUAAAGUAUAAAUAUUAGAGUACUGUAGAGGCGUUAUGUUAGUACUGGUUCAGCUUGUUCACUGUGAUGGUAGUCGAGAGCAGUUAGUCGGAAACACUUCAAUAUGAGGCGAGCGCUCGCGCGACGGGACGGCAGCCGCGAGGGCGGCGCACAUAGGUAUGGAAGAUGACGUGUGAUUGGAACUUUAUCAUUUUUAUUAUGUGUAUUCCUAUUAAGAAAUACUUUUAAUUUUACAGUUGUUAGAACACGGAUUGGUACAUAGCAUUAUUUUGUAAUCUGAGUGUGAUUCAUAUAAUUUAUAUUAAAACAAAUUGUAUUAAAUUUGUCGUAUCUCAGAUAGCUUUUGCUGCUUAUUUGCUUUCGAUAGUUACUAGUUAGCGUUAGUUUUAUGUAUAAUAAUUGUUAAUUUAUUUAAAUCGCUUAUGGCUUCUAAUUACGUUUUUGAGAUUAUUAUUAUAUUAUUGGAAACAGUUUAUUCAAUAUUCUUCAAAAUUUAUUACAUAAUUAAUACUUUUACUUUUUACAUAAUGGUAUAUUGUUGAAGAAGUACGCCAAAAAUAUUCUCAUACGACAUUUGACGCGUGACGUAAUAAUUAUUUAACAUUGUCAUUUCGAAGAGCAUUUUAUUGUUAGUCAUGAGGUGAAGCAUUUAUAGUAUUAAGUUUAUAAAGUCUAUCAGCUGAUUUAUAUUAGCAAAGAGUAAAUUAUAUCGGUGAUCGUCUCCUUUAUGGCACAAACACUAAGUAUUUACUAGACAAGGAAUAUAUAAUUAUAUGUGUGCAGAACAAUAGAUUUAAUGAAAAUAGAAUUAGAUGACCCAUAAACAAUAGAGUUACGUCAUAUGCAUUACUGUUACGACAAUAGUAGGAGCUAUAGGAUUCCGUAAUAUCCAUGUAUCUGUAUUAAAUCAUUAAAGUAUUUUAUUUACAUUUAUUAUUAAGUCGUGCAAGAUGUCUCUCUGCUUUUAUUGUUUAGGUUGUGCCGAAAGACGCUGUUAAAAUUUGUUUUACUUUGAUAUGUAUUCACUAUUUUAAGUGUGUGGAAGUAGCGUGAAUGUACGAGUGACGUGUAUGAAAUGCAUAUGUGAUGUUAUAUGAGACGUAGGCUGCGGCCUGCGGAGGCGCGCCUGAUGUAAGUUGUACAGACACAAAUGAUAGAAACGAGUAGAACUUCUACUCAUUGACAAUAUGAACGUGACCAAUUUACGCUAUGUAGAAUCUUUGCAGUCCAGGUUGGUGCACCAUGAAUUAACAAUUAUUUGACUCUAAGAUUAAAAACAACACAUAAGUGAUACGUAUUAAUGAUUGAGAAUACUCUGUUUAGUAAUCAGUUUCCGUUGUUCCGAGGUCCAUUUGUAUUUAUAAUGAUGAGAUUGUCGCUUUAAGUUCACCGCAUACGUAAUAUUGUUAUGGAACCAUUUGUAUGCAUUAAUUCGUAUAAAUUUUUUGUCAUACCGUGACCGCUAUUUUGCACAAUAGUCUCAUAACAUCUUUUAGAUAGUAUUCAAGUUUGAUAAGUAUAUCUGUCACUAUUGUACGGCCUAAAUAAAUUUUAUACAUUUGUUAUGAUCAUUAAAAGUCGACUUCUUUUAAGUUAAUAACAUGUCCGCCGCACCAACCACACCAAAUUGUGCAAUAAUGUAGAAAUGUAAAAAUUGAAGCCAAAACUUCAAGAGAGCUUGAACAAAGUUAUUCAGUAUCUAUAUUACUAAAAUAUUGUAAGAAAUGUAUUAACUACAUAUGUGAUCAUGAAGAUGAAUUUGAGUAUGCAUAGAAUGUUAUGUUGAGAAAGUUACUGUAAUUAUGUACGUAGUAUAAGUUAAAAAUGUAUUAAUUAUUGUAAUAGGUAACUGGACAAGACAUUUAUGCGGUUACAACAUUUUUCAUGUUUUUUGACAGUUGUAAAACACCAGUGCCAUGUAUGAGCAACUUGUGCAUAUAAAUUACCUACUACCAUACUAUAAUAAAAGACUCACCAUGAUUAAA